CAGCCCCCCGCCAGCCUAGAAGAGCAGCUGCUCAGUUAGAGAUGCUGGCUGGGGGCGUGCAGGGCCAGUCCACCUACCAGGUGGCUCUUGUGGCAGUGGUUGUCAGCACCUGUGCCGUGACCCCGUUUUCCAGUGCUUCCGGUUGGGUUGGCAGAGUGUGUCCUGUCUGAAUGUGUGUGCAGGAAGCAAAGCCUACACACGAGGCAAAGGGAGAGCUCCUGACGCCCUACCGGAUGUCUGCUCUUUGGGAACAGCAUGCCCCAAACUGAGCAUCCCUGAGGUCUGAAGGCUGCCAGGAGCAGAGGGGCACCAGGGACCAGUUCCUCAGGCCUGAGCGCUUCCAGAAAUCACAGUGGUCUUUCCCCUCCUGGGCAGUCAGCUUUCUUUUUUCUUGGGAGAAGGAUUUUUUCAGCAUUCACAUUUCUGAAGUAUUUUUCCCAAGUAAUGGACAGAGAUGAAAGGCACCUGACAUGAAGGUCUGUCCCUCCAUGCAAGACAAGUUCAGCACACUGAAGGGGGCCCCGGUGGAGGCAAAGAUCCAAGAGAUGGUGAAACUAGGUUAUGAGCUGAUGCUGUGUGCGCCUGAUGACCAGGAGCUGGUUAAGGGCUGUGCCAGUGCCCGGAAGCAGCUGCAGUUCAUGGGCCAGAUGCUCGACGCCGUGCAGAGCCUGGUCGUCGGACGCUCCAGUUACCCCAGUGUGAAGGAGGACUUUGAGGACAACGCCGAGAAGAACGAGGGAAUGCUGGAGGAGCUGUUCUCGGGCGUGCACCUGGAGAUGCUUCUGAGCCCCAAGUCAGACCCAUGGCCCCUGGACAUGCAGCCUGUCCUUGAGAACCAGGGUGACGACUGGCAAGGGCCUGACCCCUUGGCCCGGUCAGAGAAGGAGAAGGUGGCAGAACUGGCCAGGCAGCUGCAGGAUGGUGCAGCCAGGCUGUGGGCACUCAGGGCUGAGAGCUUGGAGCAACACAAGGCUGGGGAGGCUGUGGGUGGUGCUGACACCAGCAUGCUGGAGCAGAAGCUGCACCUGGUCAUCUCUGACUUCCACCAGCUGGUCCUGGCCUUCAUCCAGGCCUACGACAAUGAGCUGGGGGAGUGCUGCCAGCGCCCGGCCCCAGACCUCCACCCGUGUGGCCCCAUCGUCCAGGCCGUGUGCCAGACUCUCACUUCCUGCAGCCAACUGUUGAAAGCAGUCGUGGAGCUCAUGGAUGCCUCUGCGGAGGCCAUGGAUGUGGUGCAGAGGCAGGAGAGGGAGCCGAUCUGUUGGGACAGCAGCAGCUCUGUAAUGAGCCUAGCCACCAAAAUAGAAGAACUAACACAGAAAUACCAGGUCUUCAUCGACAGCCUGCAUGAGGGCGAGGGAUAGUGUAGGGCUGCAGCCUUCAGCUCCCGGGGGGUGGGAAGGGUGGGAGGGACAGAAAACCUCAG